GGUAUUUGCAGAACAAAUGCGUAGAUUCGUGUUUGUUUCAAUUUAUAACAGUUUUUGACACAUGUAAAAAUCAACGAAAAUUUACUCUUUUUUUCUCUAAAAAAUAUUUUUUGGCUUCAAAAUUUAAAUUCAUUUAAAAAAAUGUCUAGUCGUAAAAAUUCUGGGGGCACUCGUUCGACGGGGAGUAGAAAUUUUAGGAGUCGAGGAUCAUCCGCACCUCCGAGACAACCUCAAAAAGGACGAUUUUACAGCACCGUUAAUUCGAGAGAUUCUUUAAAAUCUGCGGAUGCGAAAAAUAGAAUAACGAUAACGAAACCAGUGGAGAAUCAAAAUAUUAAACAACAACCUUCUUCGAUGAAAAAUUUUAUGGCUUCAGCCGCAGGAGUUGCUGCAGGUUCUGCAGUAGGUCAUGCAAUUGGAAAUACUAUGUCAAGAGCAAUAAAUUCUUCACAAUCGACACAAGCAAUUGAAUCGACAUCAUCUAGAGGUGGUGGUGUUGGAAUAUGUUCUACGGAAGUUCUUCAAUUUUUUGAGUGUGCCUCUCAAAACUCAAAUCUAGACACAUGCAAAGCCUUUCAUAAUAUGAUGCUGGAAUGUCAUCAUCGUCAUCAAUUUCAUAAUUAA